AUGAACCCACUAGCAUUCUCGGGAGGACCAAACCUGAUUGCGGCGGAAAACUUGAUUCUAGAGAUAGAGGAACUGUUGGGGGUGUUGGAAUGCACAGAGGAGAAGAAAGUGAGAUUUGCCACCUUUAAACUAGUGGGAGAGGCAAAUAGAUGGUGGAGAUCGACUAAGUUGGUGGAGGAACAACAGUUAGGGUAUGCAUCUGUUACCUGGAGCUAUUUCAGAAAAGUUUUCUUCAACAAAUACUUCCCCAUCACCACUAGAGAGGUGGAGGUAGAGGAAUUCAUGCAUCUGACACAGGGGUUCUCAUCGGUGCAGCAGUAUACGGCCCAAUUUAUGGAGCUAUCCCGAUUCGCUCCACAUAUGGUCCUGGAUGAGUUGAAGAAGGCUCCAAUAUUUGAGAGAGGACUGAAGCAGAAAAUACGCAUACAGGUGGCGAUGUUAUUAGUCCAAAGCUUUACAAAGCUAGUGGAUAGAGCCAUGGCGACAAAGGCUAGUGCAACCCACUCGUUUACAUCUAGGGGGUUUGUUAAAGUAUGUGAAAUAGAGGCUCAGUCAUUAGGCAUUGAGUUAGGUGUGGCCAUGUGA